CCAUCCCGGAGCGCCAUUUGGCGUGACAGCUACCUCGCAGUCCAACCCUCCGACUCUCCGAGAGCACAUUUGGAAAGACUUGAUGCUCAAUCUGACGUAAAAACUGCCGUGGAUGAAAUAAAGAGCUGCAGGGAGGAAAAAGACACUAGGAUUUGGAGAUGUGAUGUCUGGAGAGGCUGGACCAGUCUGGGGGUUUGGACUUUUUCCACAGACUGAAAAUGUAAUGACUCGGAGGGACUCCUUGUCGGAGCCAGAAAUGUGGACUACGCUCUGAGGACGUCGCUCUGGGACUUGAACGUGAGACUGAUCCCGAAAGAACUUAACACAAUGACUUUGUGACCAACCCGCCCCAACCGUUUGUCGUUCUCCAAAGUUCCCCGGUGCAACGUUCGAUUGAAGUCUACCAACAUGGAUCGCCUGUGUCCGGCGGAAGGCCCGAACCGGACGCGGGCCCUGGUUGGCAGACUGUAGCCCCCCUCUCGAUUGUGUUCGGCUUGUGAUUUUCAACUUGGGAAUUAUUACCGACUUGGAACCCAGGGAUGGAUGUACCGGAAGCUGGCAAGCAUGGCAAGACGUCAACGGGUCAAAAGUUGGAAGACCAGAAAAAGAUUUACACAGACUGGGCUAAUCACUACCUGGCUAAGUCGGGCUGUCCGCGGCUCAUCAAGGACCUGAGCCAGGACGUCACCGAUGGAGUCCUGCUGGCGCAGAUCAUCCAGAUAAUAGCCAAUGAGAAGGUGGAGGAUAUCAAUGGGAGCCCCCGGAGUCAAACCCAAAUGAUUGAAAAUGUGGACGCCUGCCUCAGUUUUCUAGAUGCCAGAGGAGUGAAUGUACAAGGGCUCUCAUCUGAAGAGAUCAGGAAUGGCAACCUGAAAAGCAUCCUGGGCCUCUUCUUCAUCCUGUCCCGCUAUAAACAGCAGCAGCAGCAACAGCAGCAGUAUUACCAGUCGCUGGUGGAGCUCAGCCAGCAGAGCGGCGGCAGCAGCUCGGCAACAUCUGCCAGCAAGUCGCAAGAGAUGCAGUCCAGUCUCACAGCACGAUAUCCAAGUCCUCCGGGCCAUACUGGAAUAGGGUCGCCACAGAAGAAAAACACAAGGUUACCGGGACCUUCCAGGGUACCCGCUGCAGGCAGCGGGGCCUCCAGGAGUCCGGGUUCUUCCAAUCUGAACCGGCGCAGCCAGAGCUUCAACAGCAUCGACAAAAGCAAACCGCUCCAGUACGCCAGCGGCAACGACAGAGAGGCGAUGAGGAGCAUCCCGGUAGCCGGCGGGAUAGGUGGGACGGUUCCUACCAGCAUAAGUGGGCAGCAGCUGGCCUCUGCCAUUCCCUCGUCUGCCGCCAGCAAGUCCUGGCGGAGCAAGUCCAUGAACCUCAAGCACAGCGCCACUUCCUCCAUGUUGGCCAACCCUACGAACUCACCGUCCCUAAACCCGCAGAGCCAGGAAGGCAUGGACGGCCCCAAAGUCGGCGCCGCGCCCCACAGGUCCAUGCUGGAGAAGUUCCGAAUGAUCAACCCUCGAUCGGCGUCCCGGGUCUCGCCGUCCAUGGCUGAGAUGGCUCUUCAGGAAGAGGACGAUAUGUCCGAGUACGGCGAGGACGCACUUACGCCCACGGGCUCGGUAUGCAGCAGUAGCGGUAGCAGUGUUACGGCCAAACAGAUCUCCUCCAAGUCCUCCUUGAGCGCCACAAGCAAGACCUCGUCGUCCUCCUCGUAUUCCAAGGCUUCUGCAAACUCCAGUAGGUCCAAAGACAAGGAGGACAAAAGCAAGUCUGCCAGCAAGCAAGCCUGCGUUCCAUCCAAAGAGGAGCGAGACUUUGCGGACUCGGCGAAGAAAACGUCUAAAAUCGCCAGCCUCGUUCCCAAGGGAGCAAAACAAGCAAAGAAAGAUGGCAGCUGCUCCUCCUCGGUUUCCAGUGGAAUCCCCAAACCAGGACUUAAAGCCCCUUCCACAAUUGUAACAAAGGGCCAAUCUCAAAACCAGAUGGGCCUAAACAGCAGUGCGAACCUUCGGGGAGGAGAACCAGACAGAAGCAAACUCGUCAAAGGCGGACAAGGCAGCGGCGGCGGUUUCUACACGCAGAGAUCCGUCGGAGCUCCUGAGGGCAAACGAAGCAGCAUGACCUCCUCCACCAGCACCUCGGCCUUGUCCGCAUCCAGCGGGGUCCUGGCAGGGGCGGCUCUCGGAGGGAACGGAGUGGUUCAGCUCCCGCAGCAGCAACAGCACAACCACCCCAACACUGCAACCGUGGCUCCCUUCAUGUACAGGACCUUCUCGGAGAAUGAUUGUACCAUGGUGGCCCCGGCCGACCCCUGCCUCAGUCCAACCAAGGGGGAGUUGGUCUAUAGCAAGACAGCCAAACAGUGCCUGGAGGAGAUAUCAGGAGAAGACCCGGAGAUGAGACGAAUGAGGACGGUAAAGAACAUUGCUGACCUGCGGCAGAACCUGGAAGAGACCAUGUCCAGUCUCAGGGGGACGCAGAUCAGCCACAGCACACUAGAGACCACCUUCGACUCAACCGUGACCACAGAAGUCAGCGGGCGGAGUCUCCCGGCCCUCGCCACCCGCUCCUCCCCCAUGGCCUGGCGCCUCGGCCAAACGCAAACGCCGCGUCUCCAGGCGGGCGAAGCCCCCUCCAUGCCCGGCGGUUACCCCGCAGCCCGUGGAGGCGCGGCGGGCGGCGCCACCGCCGCCACGGCGGCGGGGCGCUACGGCGGCCACUCAGACCCCUCCAGGUUUGUGUACAGCGCCCCCCUGAGGCGAUCGGCAGGGGCUCGGGGGGCGGAGCAAAGUGACAGGGGAGGAGGAGGAGGAGGGCUGGAAGGAGGGAAGCAGAUGGAGAUGGCGGGGUACAUGAGCGAUGGGGACGUCCUGGGAAAGAACGGACGGAUGGAUGAGAUCCCCAGCGGAUAUCUAACAGAUGGAGGUCUGCAUUUGUACGCGCGGAAUACGGGCCGGGCAGCCGACGCGGCUUCUUCUCGAGAAGUCUCGCACCGAGGGAGCAAAGAGAUCCAAGGCGACGUGGACAGCUGGGACGACAGCAGCUCGGUGAGCAGCGGCCUGAGCGACACCUUGGACAACAUCAGCACCGACGAUCUCAACACGCCUUCCUACUCGGCCGUCGGGUCGUCACGCAAAAGCAAAGGCGCCCAGUCCCAGAAAACCAGUAAGUCCAAGCAUGCCGAUCAGGAGGUGAGCAGUAGCUGGAUCGGAGCUGAGGACCUGAAAAAGGUGGACGAGGAACUCGACGCAAGCAUGGACCCCAACGCCGGCUCAUCCCGCUGGAAGUCUUCCUCGUCGUCUUCUCAAGCCCAGGGCCAGUACGAGGACGCGAGUCAGAAGGCCACAACGUUGGCCCAGAUAUCCCAGACUGGCUCACUGAGAAGGGGCAUGACGGCCCAGGUUGGCAUCACGCCGCCCAGGACAAAAAGUUCUUCUGGAUCACACAAAACAGCAGGCAAGACGGAUGAUGCCAAGGCGUCGGAGAAAGGCAAGGUGCCCUCCAAGGGUUCUUCUUGUAUCCAACGCUCCCCCUCCGACGCUGGGAAGAGCAGCGGAGAUGAGGGCAAGAAACCCCCGUCUGGAAUCGGACGCCCGCCUACCACGAGUUCUUUUGGUUUCAAGAAGAUCCCUGGUUCAAGCGGGACCGUAAUCACCUCCAGCGGUGCCACGCUCUCAAGUGGCUCAGCCACCCUGGGCAAGGCACCUAAAUCAUCAGCUGCCCUCGGAAAAGGCACCGGCAUCGGUGGCGUGCGGAAAACCAGCCUGGACGGCUCCCAACCUCAGGACGACGGUAUCCUGCUCAGUUGCGGAGGCUCCAAAGUGUCCCUCCAGUACCGCUCUCUACCCAGACCGGCUAAAUCGUCCAGCGGGGUGGCGGCAGGGCGCGGCGGACACCGUUCCAGCUCCAGCAGCAUCGACUCCAACGUCAGCGGCAAGUCGGCCGCGGCGGCGAACCAAGUCAAACGCAGGGACGCCGGGAAGGUGUGCUCCGAUCGUUCCAGUCCCAUCAACAUGAACCAGACGGACAAGGAGAAAGUGACGGAGCAGGAGCCGGGAUUGUCCACCUCGCCCAAAUCCAGCCCCACCUCCACUUCGGCGGGCCAGACAAGCCUCAGGCAGCCGAGCUCCAAGUACCCUGACAUUGCGUCCCCGACUUUCCGCAGAUUGUUUGGCACCAAAGCCAGCAGCAAGGCCAGCUCCCCGGGCACGCCCGACUCUGGCAAAUGCCCCUCAAUCCUGGGCAGCCCGCACGGUACUCUGGCGAGGCAGGCCAGUCUGGACUCGCCCUCUUCCGGCACGGGGAGUCUGGGCGGCCUGAGCGGCGGCAGCAGCCCGCUGUACGGCAAAGGCCCGGAUCUCCUUUGCGGCGACUCGCCCGCCUCCAGCCCGGCCUCUGGCCUCUCGCUGCCGUCCAACGCUCGGCCCUGGCCUGCCUGUGGCUCGUCCGCUGGCAGCAAGGACACGUUGAGCUGCCAAAGCAUGAGCAGUCUGCACACGAGCUCUGAGUCCAUUGAUCUGACUCUGGGCCACCACGGGCCCAAGGUUACCAGAACCGGCAGUGUCAAGUCCACCCUGUCCGAGGGCAUGCCUCUUGACAGAAACACGCUUCCCAAAAAGAGACUGAGGUACCCGCCGUCAUCCAGGCCCCAUGAAGACGGCAUGGAGUGGCUCAGGUCGCACUCGACGGGGGGGCUUCAGGACUCGGGAAGUCAGUCGCCAAUGUCCCCGCCUGGAGCUUCUUCUACCACCACUGGAAAAUACCACUACUCCAACCUCUUGAGCCCGACUCACAUGGGCCAGUACAACCUGCCGCCGGGCAGCAGCAGCAUGAGCCGCUCCAACAGCAUCCCCGCCCAGGACUCCUUCGACCUAUACGGCGAGGGGCACCCAUUGGGUGGCAGCGCCACCUCCCUGGAAGACCGCCCGCGCGGCAUCAGCCGCUCAGGCUCCUUCCGGGACAGCACCGACGAAGUGCACGGUUCUUCGUUGUCGCUGGUGUCCAGCACGUCUUCGCUCUACUCCGCAACGGAGGAGAAGGCGCAUUCGGAGGGCCAAACAGUCCAAAAUUCCACGCAAAUCAGAAAACUGCGGCGGGAGUUGGAUGCUUCUCAAGAAAAGGUCGCGACCCUGACGUCCCAACUGUCUGCCAACUCUCACCUGGUGGCCGCCUUUGAGAAGAGCCUGAGUAACAUGACGUGUCGCCUACAGAGUCUCACCAUGACGGCCGAGCAGAAGGUGCGUGGACAUUACUUUACACACCCAGUUGGACUCCAAACAAAGCAGACCCACCAAAAACCCCCAGAGGUACUCACGGUGCUUCGCUUGUUCUCACAGGAGACCGAGUUGGUCGAGCUGAGGGAGACAAUCGAGUCACUGAAGACUCAGAACACCGACGCCCAGACAGCCAUCCAGGUGGCUCUCAAUGGCCCCGAUCCCUUCCAUAGAGACCUGCGUAUCAGACGUCAGCACUCAUCUGAAAGCAUGUCGAGCAUCAACAGUGCGGCCAGCCACUCCAGCAUGGGCAGCAUGGGCAAGGAUGCCGAGGACAAGAACAAGAAGAAGAAGAAGAACUGGGUUGCUGAUUCCAUCCCGGCUCAGCUCCGCAGUUCAUUCAAGCACGCCUUCAGCAAGAAGAAGACCAAGUCGCAGUCGUCCCAUGACGAGAUGGAGGAGAUGAGCGACUCGCUGCCGUCCUCGCCCAAACUGCAGCAUGACAACCGUCAGGGCAGCGUCGCCACGCUGCGCUCGUCGCCGUCCGCCACCGAGCUGUGCGAGUGCACCGAAGCCGAGGCCGAGAUCAUCCUGCAGCUCAAGAACGAGCUGAGGGAGAAAGAGCUCAAGCUGACUGACAUCCGGCUAGAGGCGCUGAGUUCCGCCCACCACCUGGACCAGAUCCGGGAAGCCAUGAAUCGCAUGCAGAACGAGAUCGAGACGUUAAAAGCGGAGAACGACCGCCUCAAAUCCAGCGGCAGCGCCACGCCGACCGCCACUCCCGCCAAGACGGCUCGGCCGCCCUCGGAGACGUCCAGCACGUCCUCGUCCUCCUCGCGCCAGUCCCUGGGCUUGUCUCUCAACAACCUCAACAUCACCGACACCAUCAUGUCAGAUAUUCUGCUUGACGACAGCUACGAAGGUAGUAACCUGCGCAAAGAAGGCCGCAGCGUGCGGAUAGUGGUCAACAUCAGCAGCGGGCCGAGCACGACCAAGGGAACGCAAAUGCAGGAGUACCUGAUUGGCUCCAUAGGUGUGAGUGGGAAAACCAAGUGGGACGUCCUAGAUGGAGUGAUUCGACGCCUCUUCAAGGAGUACGUAUUUCGGGUGGACCCGGUGACCAGUCUGGGCCUGAGCUCGGAUAGCAUCGUCUGCUACAGGAUGGGCGAGGUGGUCCGCUCCCACUCCUCCGAAGUGCCUGAGCUGCUGCCCUGUGGCUACCUGGUGGGCGAAAGCAACGUCAUCAAGGUCAACCUGAAAGGCGUGAAAGACAGCAGCAUAGACAGCCUUGUGUUCGACACGCUCAUCCCCAAGCCCAUCAUCCAGCGGUACCUCAAUUUAUUGAUGGAGCACCGUCGCAUCAUCCUUUCGGGGCCCAGCGGUACCGGCAAGUCCUUCCUGGCCGCCAAGCUGGCCGAGUUCAUCAUUUCCCAGAUGCGCCAGGAAGUCACCGAGCACAACGUCGCCAGCUUCAACGUGGACCAGAACUCCAGCAAGGACCUGCGUCAGUACCUCUCCAACCUAGCGGAGCGCUGUAACUCCGAGAGCACAGACACGAAGCUCCCCACCGUAGUCAUUCUGGACAACCUCCACCACAUUAGUUCCCUCAGUGACAUCUUCAAUGGCUUCCUCAACUGCAAGUACCACAAAUGCCCAUAUGUCAUUGGGACCAUGAACCAAGGCGUGUCCUCCUCUCCCAACCUUGAGCUGCAUCACAACUUCAGGUGGGUGCUGUGCACCAACCACACGGAGCCCGUCAAGGGCUUCCUGGGCCGCUACCUGCGGCGGAAGCUGAUCGAAACGGAGAUCCAUAAAAACGUGCGCAGCAACGACCUCAUUAAGAUCAUCGAUUGGAUUCCCAAGACGUGGCAGCACCUCAACGGCUUCCUGGAGGCCCACAGUUCCUCCGACGUCACCAUAGGUCCUCGUCUCCUCCUGUCCUGUCCCAUGGAUGUGGAGGGGUCCCGAGUGUGGUUCACCGACUUGUGGAACUACUCCCUGGUGCCCUACCUGCUGGAAGCUGUCCGAGAAGGACUUCAGCUGUACGGCAAGCGGGCGGCGUGGGAAGACCCGUCCAAGUGGGUGUGCGACACGUACCCGUGGCACGCCGCCGCCCCCGUGCAGCAGCAGCUGCAACAGCAGCAGGACGGCCAGUCAUUGCUGCAGCUCAGGCCCGAGGACGUGGGCUACGACGGCUACAGCUCGUCCAAGGAGGGGGCCUCGUCCAAGCAGGUGUCCCAGAGCGACACCGAGGGAGACCCCCUGAUGAACAUGCUGCUGAGGCUGCAGGAGGCGGCCAACUACUCCAGCGCGCAGAGCUGCGACAGCGACAGCGCCAGUCACCAUGACGACCAGCUGGACUCGUCGCUGGAAUCGACGUUAUGAGCUACGCCAGGCUAACGGGACAUGCUCCUAGUGCAAAUACAUGAUGAGUUGUAUGGAUUUGUUCAAAUCAACCUGCUUCAUAGUAGUUCCAAAACGGUUUCAACACAUAGCAAACGACUUCCUGAAAGUCAACUAAAUAUUCUUAAAUUGACCAAAACCCUCUUCUACUAAAAAUAUAUCCCGUCCCGACAUACAAAGCUUCUCUUUCAGUCGAGAUGUUUCACUUUGACUUCUGUGACACACAUUUAGCCUGGGCUUUGGCGCCAUCUUGUGGCCUUAACUGUAAUCGUCAGCCCAAAUUGAAGAAAUCCCAUGUUCAUUUCCUGCAUUUUCUUCCAUACAACUUCUCAUCUAAGUGCACUAAGGGUCUAGUUCAUCAUCGGUGGAAUCUGAAUAUUCUUUCUGUGUUCGAUCCCAGUUACGUGACAUGUUUACAACAUGAACAAGAAGUUGGGCAGGUACUAUUGUUGAUGUAUUUCUUUGUUUACAAAAGUGCUUUGUUUGGUUCAAAAAGCCUUCCAAAGGGUUGCUCACUCUUCCACCGCGGUGACUCCUGAAGUCAAUUUAGUCCCAAUUUGACAGUUUUUCUGAUGUUCUGAUGAUCUCCUGUGGCCAUAAUGGAGCUGGGCCUCACAUGAGUAUUUAUCAGCCAAUCACCUCCCUGCCCACAAUCGAUCUGCCACAUUAUGCUACUGUGAAGAGAAUGGAUACGAGCCAAUGUCUGCCAAAUAAUGCACGCCCGAUUAAACCAGUGCAGAUCGGUCGAAGAAAACACUUUAACAAGGGAACAAUGAUAUUGGUGCUUUCUCGUUGCCUUAAGUGUGAAAAAGAAUAUGGAAAGAGGGGGCGGAGCCUGCUUCCAUCGGCUAUGAUAUUGCUUCCUGUUUCCCUUUUUGACAGGUGUAAAGUGCUAAAUCAUAGAGUUCAUGUUGUAUGUGAAUUCUAAACUGACCAAUAUUAUAAAAAAAAAAAAAAAAGCUAUACAUAUAUAUAAUUAAAAGGGUGAGGGUUUGUUUUUUUUCCACCCAGUUGAGCUGGGCUCACUUGAAAAGACAGGAGCACAACCAAAUGUUUUGUUAUUAUUAUUAGCAUGCUUUUGAGCGUUUUAACAGGGAGAGGGCAAUUGAGAAGAGAUAUUUACCUUUAUGUAAACACAAGUAUUGGACGGAAGCCAUUUUCGAUUGUCCUUUCUUUUAAAUGCGUGGGUUGGUUUUGCACACUCGGGCGGGUUGUAAAUACUUCAGUCUCCUUGCACAGAAAAUCAAAGAUGCAUUCACCCGGUUAAUGUCACACUAACCUGCUAAAAAAGUAAAUUAUUGUUAAAAAAAAAUGCAAAAGUCAAACAGGUGUGCGUCUUGUGAUGUGUCGACGCAGGAGGCGCACGGUGUGUAGAUAGAAAAGUGUUCUCACUACAAAUCACAAAGCUGCACUUUUCCAGUACGCUCCCAUCGUUGACAUGACGUCCGUCGGGUUUUGUCAUCGGAAUCUGGCCGGGUUGCCGAGGCGCUGGGAAUCACUCCACAUUGUACUGUAUAGAAAAACACCACAGGUGCUACUGGUCAGCCACGCCCACACAAGAUAACAAAACCUCAGGACAGUGUCACCGUCUACAAUCCUACUUGUUGUCAGCUUCGGGCGCCUCUGCAGCCGGGCCUCCAAAUUCCCAACUCGCCGACCCCCCGGCAUGCACCCAUCGGAUUGGGAGAUGUCUCAAUCCAGGCCCAUAGCAUUUACUCUGGUUUUGAGAUGAGAACCUUCUUUUCUUUCUUCUUUUUGGGUGAAACAUUUUUUUUUCUUUAAUGUUUUAUAUUUUGUACAUUUGUAUGUAACAUAUCAUGUAAAUAGACAGAGACAGUGAUUUAACUCAUCUGGAAGAUUUUGUAGUCUUUGUAAAAGCUCUAAAAAAA